AUGGCCGUACCCUUUGGAGUACUCUGCUCACAACUAUUCUUUAUCCCGAUAUAUUUGGUGUUACCUUCGGUUUCAGGCCCUCCACACUGGUGGCCACCACAUGGAAAUAUUAAGGUGAAAUGUCCAUGUAAGAAAGUAGACUUCAGUUGGUUCCAGGGACCAGUGAAUCCUUGCCCUGGUUUAUACCAACCCAUCUGUGGCAACAAUUUGAUAACCUAUGACAACCCAUGCAUCUUGUGUGUUGAGAGAAAUCUCGGGGGAAAAUUAUAUUUCUACGUGAUGGACAAUGCUACGAGUGGACUUGGAAGUGAAAAGAAGACCUUUCAUUUUCUUUCCAUUGAGAAACCCUUCUCCUGCAACUCACCCCUCCUUGCAUGUGUUCUUAGUGACAGAAAACUGCCCCCACUGAGCUUAUAUCAGAUACAGUCCUUCUUCAGACUUCUCCUGUCAGUGAUUCACUGCCUUCCACAUUCGCCCUAA